GGCCGCGUGUCGGUGCCGAUGAACCUGUUCGGGACCUGGGAGAUCGACCGGUGCUCUCCGAGCUGCGUCCCCAGGCUGUGCAGUCUGACUCUGAAGAGGCUGAUGGUUUUAAAGAAGCUGGGACGAGAACUCAGCUCCGUCGUCAUCGCUGUGAAGAUCCAGGGCUCAAAGAGAACGCUGAGAUCCAACGAGUACCUUCUUCCUCCAGACGGCCUGAUGGAGACAGACCUGGAGCUCACCUUCUCACUGCAGGUGAUGCAGCAUCCGACGCACGGCGACCACAUCCUCGGUCUCCAUAGCAACCUGAAGGACGCGGCGGAGCGCGCGGCGGAGCUCAGCGUCCAGGCUCUCUCCAGCCAGCCAAUCGAGCAGGAGGACACGGUCGGUCACCGCGGCAACAAGGCCAAAGCCUUGGCAGAUGUCUCCCCUGACCCAGAGAACUACUGGGAGGAUGAUGACGACAGCUUCUCCUCCGAACAGGAAGUGAGCGAUGAUGCAGUUCCUCCCCAGGACAUGUACGAUGAUGAGGACGAUGUCCAGGCAAAGACGAAGAAGUCUCGCAGGAAGAUGGUCCGGACGGCCUCCCUGACUCAGCAACCGAACUUCAAACAGAAGUUUGUGGCUCUGCUGAAGAGAUUCAAAGUCACUGAUGAGGUUCUGGACUCCGACCUGGUGGGUGGGGGCCAGGAGGCCGAGGAGGACCUGGACCUGCUCUACGACAGUCUGGAGAUGUACAACCAGAGUGACAGCGGCCCGGAGCUGGACGACAACGAUAUCUUAGUCAGCACACCCAAACCCAAACUCAGGCCGUUCUUCGAGGAGAUUUCCCAGACGGAGAUCGGGCGCGUCCACAGUCAGAGGAGCCAACAGAAAGAACAAACUGCAGCUGCAGCAGAGCUGCUGUCUGCAGACGGCCCCGAAGAGUCCAGAGGAGAGGAGGCCGGCCCUGGGGAAGUUGUGGAUGACGUUACCAUGGGAACAGAUGUCGGCCCAGCUGCCAAACUCUGUAAAUCUGAGUCCCAGACACAGAUAUCACCGAGUAAGACAGGUCUGUCUCGCCACCCCUGGAGCGUCUCCAUGAAGGGCAGACAGAACUCUAAAGGAGACAGAACCAGCAGCAUCGACAGCGAGACCUCGUACGACUACAGGACACCUCCUCCACAGGUUGCCAGGAAGUCGGUCCUGGAUCAGCUGAACCACAUCCUGUUCUCUGAUGAUCAGAUUCCUGAUUACAUCAUCCUGAUCAACACCACAGACUGGCAGGGACAGUAUCUGUCGGAGCUUCUCUUUGAUCAGCCAAUCGUGUGCACCGUGUCAUCAGCUGAUGUCCAGGCAGCGUUCAGCGCCAUCAUCAGCCGGAUCCAGAGAUACUGUAACUGUAACUCCCAGACCCCUCCCCCGGUGAAGGUAGCGCUGGGCGGAGACCAGAGCUACCUGAGCUCCGUCCUCGGCUGCUUUGUGGAGCAGCUGGCCAGCAAGACGCCUGAUUGGCUGAGCUACUUCCGCUUCCUCAUCCUCCCCAUCGGAGCCCACCCGCUGGCCAAGUACCUGGCUGCCCUGGACAGUAAAUUCAGCGCCCUGUUCAUGGACGCCAGCUGGAGGGAGCUGUUUGGCCGCGUGGAGCCCCCGCCGCUCGAUGUUGUGGGCGUAGCCGGGCGAGUGUCUCAGUAUCUGAGCGGAGCGUCUGUGUCUCACCUGUGUCCGAUCUCAGAGGCCAUGCUGACCUGCAAACACAAGAGCCCUGAUGACGACUCCUUCCAGAAGUUUGUUCCUUUCAUCGGGAUGGUGAAUGUCGGCAUCGUGGAGCAGAAACUCCACUACUCCACCUCUGUCGACUUGGAUGACAUCACACUGGGAUCUCCUCCCGCCCAAUUGGGAGCCCCGUUCACCACUCCCCCUCCCUCCCCCUCCACCAGCGGAGUGGGGGAGGCAGCCGGUCUGCAGGUGGACUACUGGACCCAGGGAGGAGGAGGAGGAGGAGAGAGGAAGAUGAAGAGCAGUCUGAAGAGCCGCUGCCUUCAGGUGUCGAGGAUCAGCGGAGGAGAGCAGCUGAGCAUCACCGUGGUAACCAAAGAGAAGAACAAGAAAGUCAUGUUCCUCAGUAAGAAGAUGAAGGAGAAAGAGGCGGAGUCGAGGAGUCAGCUGAUCGAAGGAAUCAACAGACUGAUCUGCACCUCCAAACACCAGCACACACUGAGAGUCUCUAUAGACGGUGUCGAGUGGAACGACGUCAAGUUCUUCCAGCUCUCCGCUCAGUGGCCGACCCACGUCAAACACUUCCCCGUGGGGCUCUUCGGCUACAGCAGACCCUGACCCCCGAGUCAUGUGACCCCCGAGUCAUGUGACCCCCGAGUCAUGUCACCUCCGAGUCACAUGACCAAUGUUCCCUCUAAUUUUUCAUGUGUCUGGGCAUACACACAAGCUCCCUGAGCACACUGAGGAUCACUGUGAGCAACAUCAGUUGUGCACGCUGUGGCCACACACCAGUAUCACACCUGUUCAACACCUGGGAUCAUAGCAAGUUACAUGGCUUAUUAAAAGAAUCUAAUUACAGCA